UGGGGGCCACACAUUAAAUUGAAUGCGCCACAUCCCUCUAACGUUCCCCAUCUAUUUAAAUGCCAAGAAAAAACGCUGUGAGUGCGGAUGCUCUUACAAUAAUUGAGGAAACGUACAAGUAACCUCUUUUCCAUGCAAAAAAAUACUGUGUAAUUUCCUUUUAUUAAUAUUAAAUUAAUUUUACCAACACCAUUAGACCACGUACCUGAUCACUUUUACUAUCUACCCAACAACUGCGCAGAGAGAGAGAGAGGAAAGAGGAGAGAGAGAUGGAUAGAGUGUUUUCAGUAGAUGAGAUGCCCGACCCGUUCUGGUCGCCGCACGCGCCUCCGAUUCGUCUCCACGACGAUGCUGACAUGGAGCCGUCGUCGUCUUCCUGCGCCGCCGCCGCGUCCUCCUCGAAGAUGAACCGCAGCUCGUCGGAAUGGGCAUUCCAGCUGUUCCUGCAGGAGGCCGUCUCGCCCAAUCACAGCAGCGCGUCCCUGAAAAGCGACGACGUCGUCGAGAUUAAGGGCAGCAAUCAUCACUACAAUGGAAAUCAGCAGCCGACGGCGGCGGCGGCUGCCGCCGGGCCGCCGCUGAAUAUUCCGAUCGAUUCUGAGGAGUACCAGGCGUUUCUCAAGAGCCGCCUGGAUUUGGCCUGCGCAGCGGUCGCGUUGACCCGGCUGAGAAAUUUGUGGACGUCAUCUGUUGUGCCUUUUGGGGUUUUUCCAUAUAAUCCCUUCUCAGAUUUUGGUUUGUUACUCGUCUUCAUGAGUCUGUAUUUAGCCUGUGCAGCAACUAAAGGAAAAACUUGCGAUUCGGAGUCGGUGGCAGCAGCAGUAUCAGAUAUCGGCUCUCAGGCAUCAAAUUCAUCGCACUGUAAAGGACGUGAUUCAUUGAAGGCACAAGACAAGGACUCAGCUGCUGUGCCUCCAGUUCUUGCAAGUUCCAGGAGAUCUGCUGCACAGGUGAAGUCAACAACAAGUGGUUCCUCAGGGGAGCAGUCUGAUGAUGAUGAGGCUGAGGGAGAAAAUGAAACUACCCAGAAUAUGGACCCUUCGGAUGCAAAACGCGUGAGAAGGAUGCUUUCAAAUAGAGAGUCAGCUCGACGAUCAAGAAGACGAAAGCAGGCUCAUUUGACGGAGCUUGAGACAAAGGUCUCUCAACUGAAAGGCGAAAACUCUUCCUUGCUCAAGCGCUUCACUGAUAUAAGCCAGAAGUACAAUGAAGCAGCUGUUGACAAUAGAGUUCUUAAAGCUGAUGUUGAGACCUUGAGAGCCAAGGUGAAAAUGGCUGAAGAAACCGUGAAAAGAGUAACCGGGCUGAACCCACUAUUCCAAGUCAUGUCGGAAAGAUCGACCUUGGGCUUGCCACCAUUCGCCACCACACAUUGUGACACAUCACCGGAUUCUUCUGUACCAAUAAGACAAGAUAACGAUCCAAAGAAACAGAAUUACUAUUACACGUCUACCAAUUCCACUACAACUAACAAUGAUAGUGACAAUAAUAAUCAUUUGACGAGUGAUCAAAGAGUCCAAAACCCUCCAGCAUCUGAGAAUGUCGUGCAAGAAAAGAGUACGACUAUUGGGAUUGGAGCAAACAAGAUUGUAAGAACUGAUUCUAUGCAAAGGGUUGCCAGCUUGGAACAUCUGCAGAAGUGUAUACGUGAUGGCGGGCCGACUUCAUCAGUGAAUUAAGGUCAGUGAGAGUUAUGUUGUUAAGUUAUAGGAUUUGUGGUCUUUUAUGUUGUCUAUUUGAUUUAUGAAUGAGAAAGACAUUCUCACUCUCUCUUCGCCCUCAAAUUUGGAAUAUGUCACUGUUUGCUGGACACUAGUGCAGUAUUUGAAUCCGUUGAAGUUUUUAGGUCACCUUAAGGUUGUGUUUGGUAAACAUAUAAGCUAACUUGUUUACUUGUAUUCAAAUAAGUUUGGUUUGGUAGGA